CAAACGGGCGGUUUAAGAGUGUAAAUAAUCAUAGGCCUAAUCAAGAUUUCUUUAAUUUUGAAGUGUACUUGAAACUGUACGAGACAUUCUUGUUUACUUAUAUUUUGAUCGAGAUAAGGGAAUAAAUUUUGACAAAAUCAAUUGCACAGGACAGGUGCAUUUAUAAAAUUUAUUUAAAGCGUUAUUUUUGUCAAAUAUGAACAUAUAUGAAAGAGUUUCCUCUCAUCUUCUGGUUGCUGCUUUCGACUUUGGGACGACAUUCAGUGGUUAUGCCUUCUCAUUUCGUGACAAACCGUUAGAGAUAGUUGCAAACAAUAAUUGGAACGAUGAAUCCAAUCUCUCUUUGAAAACACCUACUUGCAUAUUGCUAGACCCUGAAGAGAAAUUCCAUUCCUUUGGAUAUGAGGCAGAAAAUAAAUACAAAAUGCUUUGCGAAGAGGACGAGCACCAUAAUUGGUUGUUUUUCAGACGUUUCAAAAUGUUAUUGCACAGGAAUAAGAAAUUAAAUAGACAAACGACAGUCAAAGACAUUACGGGAAAGCGACGCAUGUUUGCUAUUGACAUUUUCUCAUUGUCAAUACGUUAUCUGCGAGAUCAUUUCUUUUCGGAACUUCAAAAGAAAUAUUCAGGCAUCGAAGAGACUGAUAUACAAUAUGUCAUUACCAUUCCCGCGAUCUGGGAUGACAACGGCAAACAAUUCAUGAGGAUGGCAGCGUUGCAGGCAGAUAUUAAUAACGCGAAGUUGACACUUGCUUUAGAACCAGAAGCUGCAUCCAUCUGUUGUAAAAGGAUAACCGUUGAUUCAAAAGGCCAAGAAUUUUUGACUGGUUUGCAGUAUAUCGUGAUAGACAUUGGAGGUGGUACUGCAGAUAUAACGGCUCAUCAAAUAAACGACAAUGGAACGUUAACCGAAUUGUACAAAGCCAGUGGAGGACCAUGGGGUGGAAUAAACGUCGAUAACAACUUUUUAGACUUUUUAAAAGAUUUAUUUGGAGAGCAAGUUAUGAGUUCUUUUAAACAAAAACAUCUUGAAGACUAUUGGUAUAUGCUGCGAGAAUUCGAAACCAACAAGAGGCAGGUAAAAUUUGCCGGUUGUCAUGAACAGGAGCAAACUUACAUUACUAUUAAACUUCCUUUAGCUUUAAGAGACAUUUCUAAACAUCAAAAUGGCAAAGUCUUGGAGAAAUUAAUAGGUUCCUCAUCUUUCUCGUCGGACAUAAAAGUAAAAAGAGACAAAAUUAGAGUUGGAGUAGAGUUAGUCAGAAAAUGGUUUGAUGGACCUGUUAAUGAUAUCAUACGUCAUAUUGAAGACCUACUUAAAACACCGGAAGUACGUCAAGUUACCACUUUGAUCUUGGUAGGUGGUAUGGCCGACAGUCCAUACGUACAAGAAAAGAUUAGAUAUGCAUUUUCAUCAAAGCGCUUAAUCAUACCAAAAGAUGCCGGUUUGGCAGUUCUUAAGGGAGCAGUUGUUUUUGGACAUGAGCCUUUGUCUAUAUCUGAAAGAGUUAUGAGGUAUUCUUAUGGUAUAGAAAUGUUCCAACGGUUCAAACGCUCGACACACAAAUCGUCAUUUAAGGUAAAAGUGGACGGGAAAUCAUAUGUUGAUAAUGUGUUUCAUGUUUUUGUCAGAGCAGGCGACACUGUCCAAGUUGGUCAGGAAAUUACGAAGAUCGCGUCUCCAAUCAACAAGGAAUCCUCUUUGUAUCCGAUCUACCGCUCACUUAGCAGUGAUCCUAAUUAUACGACAGAAUCCGACUGUGAAAUGAUCGGGUUACUGACACUCAAACAUGUUGGACAAGAUGAUUUUGAAAGCAAAAAGGUUAAAUUAACUAUGAUAUUUGGAAAUACGGAGCUUAUGGUAAAAGCUGAAGAAAUAAAUACCGUAGAGAAAAGUUCCUCGACAUUCAAUUGCCUAAUGGAGUAAAAUUUUAACUCCGGUUCGACGACUGAAUUCAUUUUGUAAUUGUAUACAUAUUUCUAAUUACAUUAAAAAAGUUUUGAGGAAUAUUUCUGGGAAGGGAUCUUCCUUUUUCCAAAUUUUGAUUUUUGGUGUGUGUUUGUGCUUUUGUUUGAUUACUAUUUAUCCAAAGCAAGUGUGUAUUUUCCAGAUGAAACGUGUAAACUUAGUUUGCAUGAUAAAUAUAUACAUGUGUUAAAUUUUACACCAUAUUAUAAUGUUUUUUUUUUCAUUUUACAUGUUUUAGUUAAUAAAACAGGUAUAUGCUAUGUAGUCAAUGAAAAAUAAAAUCUUCCCAGAGAAAGUCAAUGUAUUUUAUGAGCGUUUGAUCAACCUGUCAUAGAUUGCCUGGAAGUGUGAAUGGACACGUUUAUUCUAGUAUUUGAUCUUCUGUUAAUUCAGGUGUUUGUUUCUGGAAAAUCGAUUAUUAAAAGUAAAACCUGUACACAGUCUUAUUAU